AAAAAAGGCGCUCUCACUCGAAUGAACUGGGAUCGACAUCGACAUCGAGCAAUGGCAGCUGCGUAAUUUUUGCCGUUUGGUUAGCUUUUGAGAAGCAAUCGAAUUCGAAUGAAUCGGGUCCCGUUUUUAGCAAUUUCGACUUAAAACCUUCGGCGAAUUUAAACGUCGGGCAGUCUGCCCAGCGAAAAUGGACGUCGGAGAAGUGCGGGUAGCGGACGACGGCGACUUCGAGCGGCUGCGAAACCUGACUGACGAGCAUGACGGUUGGAAAGUGGAGUACGAGAAGCGCGACACUAAGGUUUGGACCAAGGGCACCGAACAGACCCAGUUCAAGAUGAUCAAGCUGCACACGGUCUACGCGGACGUGAGCCCGUCGCUGCUCUUUGACGUGCUCAUGGACCCGUUCUACCGCAAGAAGUGGGACGUGCACAUGUUGGACAGCUACGACAUAGGCUGUCUAAACCCCAACAACGACGUGGGCUAUUACGCAGUGCGAUCUCCGCCGCCGCUUAGGAACAGAGACUUCGUCCUGCAGCGCUCGUGGCUGGAAACGGGGAAGGAGAUUCUCAUCAUCAACCACUCUGUGUUCCACCAGUCGGUGCCGCCGAAGAAGGGGUUCAUCAGGGCCACCUCGUACCUGACGGGAAUCGUGGUGCGGCCGAGCGGGCGCUCCGGAUGCAGCCUCAGCUACGUCACGCAGUGCGACCCCAAAGGUGCCCUGCCUGCCUGGUUUGUCAACAAGCUUACCAAGAUAUUUGCACCAAAGAUGGUGAAGAAGCUGCACAAGGCGUGCCUGGGCUACACCGCCUGGAAGGCCAGCCACCAGCCAGGCUUGAAGCCGUGGCUACACCCCGACCAGGUCAUCCUGCCCAAACUGGACGUGUCCUCCUGCGUCAGCGUGGGCCAGCAGGACACUGCGGAUGAGAACCUAGACGAGAGCCUGCUCCAGGAGCAGGAGGGCAGUGACUUCUGCGAGCUGGACCACGCCUAGGCGCUCCGGCCACCUGCCUUGGGACGCCGUCCCCUUUGUGCCAUUUCUGAGCAACGACGAUGAAAAGAGCUUGACCGGUACUCCCAAGGCCCGCUUCAAAUGGGGCAAGUUUUCCCAGCGCCUCAACAUGGCAACUUCAGCCCCAUGGUUCUUCCGCCUUCCCCUGCAGCAACUGGUCAAGCUGGACUUCGUCAUUAAGAUUCUAGCUUUCUCGCACUAUUUAGAUACAAAGUUGCACAAUAAUAAUGAGUUUUUUUUUUUUUUUUAUAUUAUUUAAAAGCAUUGAGAACAUUAUCGGAUUUUCCUUAAACCGUUCUGCUGGGAAAAUUAUGUACUGCGAAUUGAAACCGAGUGUUAACAUUGUCACCCCCCUCCCCCCAAGGAGGUCACACGAGAAUAUUGCGUCCCUGACUGGUUGCUGUUGCCCGAGACAUCUGCGAGUUGUUAGAGUUGCUCACCCGUUUCGAGCCGAACUCGAUCCCAGCAAUUUGUGUUGCUGCGCAAGGAUCUAGGGAGAAUGACUCGAGAGCAAACCCCAAAAUUGCUGGAAAAAUUGCCCAGUCUGAAGUGGGCCAUAACGGUUUAUCAAUCAGUCUCUUUGUUCUACAGCACCUGGAAAGGGCCAUUCUCGAGUUGCAAUGCGUGCGCCUGCUUCCUAAGGUUAAAGGAAGUGCGAUGCCCGUUGCUCAAGUCUUCUGUCGGCACUGUGGCGCUUGUCGAUUGGCCGCAGCUGGUCCCGGUAGAAUGUUUCUGUUCGGCCUGAGAAAGCGCAGCCAGUCGGAAGUGACGUCCAGUGAUGUCGUUUUGCAGGUUUGAUGGAGCCGAGGUCUUGCCGAGCCAACGCUCAUUUUGUCACGAGGCUUGUCCAGGGAAUUGGUAUUGCGCUGCAGGUCUGCCAGCGUGCUGUGCCGCUGCUCCAGUGGUUCGGGGCGUGUGUCGUCGUGUGCCAUUUUCCAAAGGUGGCCAGGCGGCUUAGAAUUGCCGUUUUGGAACUGGAGUGCUAGCCUUUUCUCCUCCCAGCUGCAGCACAGAUUCCGAGAGUCCUGAACUCUGGCAAGAGGAAUUGACAUGUUCUCUUCUGGUCACCUUCAGUGGGAACUAUGUUUCUACCAUGGGCCUUUCUGCAGUAAAGUCGUUUGGGGAUCCCCAUUCUGGAAAUUUAACGAGCGCAUUAACCUUAAAUAUGGCAACUGGCUUCCUUUGGAAGUUCUACGGUGGAAUUUGGUUGAUGCACUCUCGGUUUCCAAGUUUUCCCAUCUGUUAAAGCCAGUUCACACGUACACCACACUGCUGACUUAUCUCAUCGCUAAGAGGCCCGCAUGUACACCAGUCCCAUUGAGCUCCCGUGAACAGGCUUUAAAGGGAUUUAGGCCUUCACAAUCCCUCGUUCACCUUUUUAAUCUUUUCCUGACGUGCGUGUGUGCAUGCUUCUGGUGUGCUCAGUUUCCCUGAUUCCACUACUAGUUUUAUUCUGCGUGAAGUUCAUAGUCGUGCACGCAUGUGUGGACUAUGGAAUAUGACUAUGAACAAACCGGCGUGAGAAGGAGAGCAGCUGAUUCUGGGAGCUGCAUCUGUGGGCCUUAAUAGGUGUUACCGGUUGUCACGUUAUUCUGGAUUAUACAUUGUUUUACCGCAGUCUCCCAAAACAUAAAUCCGUGAGGUUCUACGGUAUUUUUAACUUUCCCCACCAGUGCUUUCCCCAUCUCUUUCUCUAGCUUCGUGCGAGCAGCAACUAAAGAUGCUGGGGAACAUAAUUACGGCAUCCUUUGUCUAGAGUUACUGGCAGGCAGAAUGCCGGUCUGCACAUAGCUUUGCCUGGCACACAUUGUCAGUGUGCUACUCAAACGCACGACACAUAGCUUUGCCUGGCACACAUUGUCAGUGUGCUACUCAAACGCACGACGCAAGUUUGUCUGCUUCCGGUCAUUCUCUUACUGGAGAAGGCGAGGAGGCUGAGCAGCCAGCGGGCUUUCACUUGACAGAGUUGAAGGCCUGGAGCCGCCGGGUCACGACGCCGUACGAGAGUGCUUUUGUCUUGUAUUGCCGUACUGUCCAGCUGAGGUACUUUGUUACUGGACCGCCAAGUGCCAUUGAGUGCUGAGAGGACUAGGUAUGAUACAGUCGUGCCUCCUUAACAUGGACACCUCAGCUUUCCUGCAAGUCGUCCGUGUGUGUCAUCCAUAAAAACAUGCAUUUAGCCAGUUCAUGCCCAAAAAGUUUGUCUAUAAAGUGGGGUAUCCCGUUUUUUAGACAAUUAACAGCGUCCAUAUUAAUCAGACAUGGCUAGAUCACGUGAAGUUACAUACUUCCGGACAACUUUCUGUGACUGUGCAGCAGGAGCUGUGGGUGGUCGUGCACCUUGAGUGCCGAUCGAAGCUGUGCACGUGCGCUCUUCACUUCAUCUGAAGUGCCAAAGAAAGUUGUUUGGGUGUAUAGACUUGCUCAUGUUUUGGUCAGUCUGCCUGGCCUUCCUGUCGUCAGUACCGGGAAUCUCUCGGGUCUCCGUUGUCACGCCUCGCCGGUUCCAAGGCCGAGUGUGAUUGUGAUCGUUAUGCUUCUGAGGCUGGACACGACGAGCAUGAAAAGCAAUACGGAAGAGAGCAGCAUGCAUGGUGACACUGCACUCGUAUUCUAGAAAGAUGAAAAGCAAUAACGGCGUAUCAAAUUCUUGACUCCUUGGCUUUCCUGUUGACAGUGGAGGUUGUUAACAUUUGAAUGUGUAUGUGUGUCUGCACUAUUCUGAGAGUUUAUGCACUAUUUUAAACCGGUUAGGGAAUUUUCUAGUCAUUUGUCGGCUUUAAAAGAGACUGCUUGCUCGCCACUGUACAUACAAUGAGCGACGCAGUUAGGAUGAACAAGUCCGUUUUUCCCCCAUUUGUCUGUGAUUUAGUGCAGUGGAGUGCGCGUACGUGGCGCCGUACCCUCCAACACUUGGCAUUGACUAUUUCGUGCCACACUCGCAGGGAUAGCAUAGCUUCCGCAGUAAUGCAGCCUGUUCUUGCUGCGAGAGCAUGUGACUUUGUCUCGAGUUACAUUCACAUGCGCCCAAACAACUAUCCUUGACAGAGUUGGAACACUGCAGAAGCCAUGCUAACCUUGACAGCAUAGCACAAAAUAGUUGAUGAUGUGUACAGGCGAUAACUUCGGUGCUCAGCACUGCUCUACUCGGAAGUGGCUAUAUCGCGUUCACAGUAACUGUGUUGUGCGGUGCCCUAUAACAGUUCACUGUUGCUCAGCUUGUGAGGAGCAGGACGACAGUGUCUUUCUCUGCAUGUGCUGGAUCUGAAUUACGAAUUCAGCCAGUUGGAGCAUUGUGAGAUGUCGGUAUCCCAAAGAUUUACUUAAUAGCUGUCAUACACAAGAGGUCUGGGCUUCCACGGGUUCAAGUUUACGCACUGUUGGCCUGUAUUUUUGGCAAGUGACGAGCAUUGUUAAUGUGCUUGCCAAUCCGACAGUUGUUUGAAGUCUGCUGAUGAACAAUCCGCCUUUCUCUAGAUCGAUGACAUUCCUGAUGAAUGCCUACACCCUCCUUUCACCUUUACAGUGUAAAUGUUUCAGCAGCAUAGAUUUAGCCACUUCAGUCAGCAUCGGUGUAUCAGCUCAGCAUGCAUCCACGGUCUUGGAGCCAUCCAAUAAAGAGUCUGCUGACCAGUGAA